GCGGAAUUGAUUUUCCGGAAAUUAUCUAUAUAAAAUUUCGGACGAUUCACUGGCUACCUUACACGCUGCAUCACUUCAGCUAUGGGAGGAGCUAAUGAUGUGAUGUCAGUUCCUUUGUAUCCACUUGUUCUAUAUAAGUCCAGCACAUCCUGGGACUCUCCCUUUAACCUUCUCCUCACUAGCAAAUGGAUAGAAAGCAGGCAGGAGAAGAGCAUUCAGGAGACGCCUCCCAGGAACGUCAGUGAAGUCUCCAGCCCCAAGCACUGAGAGGAUUGUGUCCGACAGCAACCUGUAAGUCGAGGACAGUGGUGUUCGGCCAACCUGCUCUAGAAGCACAAUCUCCGAGAACAUCAGGGAGACAUUAAUAUUCCAUCGUGUGCUCGGGCAGGGAAGUUAUGGAAUAUUAAUGGAAGGUCGUCUUGGCUGAGGAUACUUCUAACCAUCAGAAGUAUGCUGUGAAGAUCAUCAGCAAGAGACAUGCUUGCCGACUGUGAUGAGGCGGAUGUGUUGGUGGAGCACCGAGUGUUACAGCUGGCAUCUGGGAGCCCCUUCCUUGUCCACGCGGCCUUUGCAUUUCAGACCAAGAUGCUUGUUCUACUUGGGCUGGAAUACAUGAGCUGCGGGGACUUUGAUCAAUUGCUGAGGAUAAAGGGGCAGCUUGACAUCCCCAGUGCAAGAUUCUAUGCCGCUGAGCUCGUGUGUGGCAUCCAAUUUCUCCAUUCAAAGGGAAUCGUCCACAGAGACCUCAAGCCCGAGAACAUCCUGGUGGCUGAGACGGGCCAUAUUAAGAUCACGGAUUUCGGUCUCGCACUUAACAUGCUUGGAGACCGCACAGCCACCGAAUAUGCUGGGACAAAGGGCUAUGUGGCUCCUGAGAUGCUGGCUAAGGAGGAGUAUGGCGUCGGAGUGGACUGGUAUUCAUUUGGUGUCAUCUUAAAAGAAAUGAUCACCAGUCAGCGCACUUACCAUCCUGCACGCUCCGGCGCUAAAGACAUUAUUAAAAAGCUCCUCCAGAGAGAUCCUGCCAAGUGCUUAGGAGUCCACGGGAACAUCCGAGGCCAUCAUUUCUUCCAGCAUGUUGACUGGGUCUCAGUGAAAGCCCUUCGGAUGACUCCACCACACAUCCCUGUAAUGCUGGCUAAGGAGGAGUAUGGCGUCGGAGUGGACUGGUAUUCAUUUGGUGUCAUCUUGAAUGAAAUGAUCACAAGUCAGUGCACUUACCAUCCUGCACGCUCCGGCGCUAAAGACAUCAUUAAAAAGCUCCUCCAGAGAGAUCCUGCCAAGCGCUUAGGAGUCCACGGGAACAUCCAAGGCCAUCAUUUCUUCCAGCAUAUUGACUGGGUCUCAGUGGAAUCCCUUCGGAUGACUCCACCACACAUCCCUGUAAUAACCAUCUACACCUCAACGCCGUGCCAGGCAAUUCAACCCGGGCACAAUAGAGGCAGCAGCGGCCAAGAAGGGACCUUUACCAUCUAAACAUCAGGCCAUUUUCAGAGGGUUUUCAUUUGUCACCCGGUAAACCCUCCACCAGCUCUAAUAUCAUCAGAGCAAGAUGUCCUCCUGAGCUCCUGCAGAAGAUCGAUGGAGGGACAGAAGAACGGACCCAGUGUGAAGACCAUGAAGAACUAUGACAACAGGACCUGCGAUUGGCACUGGGCUGAAGAGAAAUAACAUCUGAAAUACACUUGAUGAGAGAGGACACUGGUCCUGGAGCUCACAGAUCAACGCUGGAUGACUGUGGGUAUGUAUACGGGCAUUUGAUCCAGGGACUAUAUUCCCACUGCCAUAUUUGCAGUCAGGAAGGAGUGUUUUCCCCCUUAGAUCAGGACAGAUUGGCAAAUGUCAUAAAGGGGUUUUUUCUCACCUUCCUGUGGAUCAACACAGUUGCCCUUCCCCCAUUCCCCUAAUCAAAAGUACAAUUCGGACAACCUUUUGUGGACAGAUUAUUUAGUAAUUGAUUCAGGGACUAAUCUGACUGCCAUGCGUGGAGUCGGGAAGGAAUUUUUCCUCAUGUGAAGCUGAUGGCUGAGGCUCAGUGAGGUUUUUUCGCCUUCCUCUGGAUUAAUAAUAUCUGAUCCAGGGAAAUAGUCUGACUGCCCUAAGCGGAGUCGGGAAGGAAUUUUUCCCCCUACAGGGUUUUUUUUCGCCUUCCCCUGAAUCAAUAAAAGUCAAUGGAUCUAACAUAUCCUUGACUUUGAUUUGGAGUUUACACCAAAUCAUCUGUCCCAUCAUUAAUAACAUUAUAAAUGAAAUAAAAUUCUCUA